UCUCCUCCACUUGUCUCUUUAUUUAAUGAAGAUCGAUGCCAAUUCUGUAUAUAAAUGGCUUUACAGUAGAGACACAAGUGCAACUUGCUGCUUGAAAAACGAAGAGAAAAACCAGUAGGAAUAAAGAGAGAUGUAUACCUUCGUGAAAAACGCAGGAAGUACUACUCCUCAUCCAUGGCUUAAGAUGAUAACAAUGAUAGUGUUGGUAUUGGUAAAUGGGAUGUGUUGUCAUGGGUGUUGGGAGCAAGAGAGGAUUGCGCUGUUGCACCUUAAAGCUUCUAUCAACGACCCAAGUGGCACCUCUUUACCUUCUUGGGUGGAUAAUCGAAAUGCCAAUUGCUGUCAAUGGGAAGCAGUUGAAUGUAGCAAUAAUUCAAAGAGAGUGGUCAAAAUCUCUCUUACUGGUACAUGGGAUUGGAGAUUAGGAAAUUAUGAGUGGCAUUUCAACGCUUCACUAUUUCUUCCUUUUGAAGAGCUCAAGGCUCUUAACUUGAGUGGAAAUGGUUUAGUUGGUUGGGUUGAUAAUGAAGGUUUUAAAAGAUUUUCGAUGUUGAUCAAUGUUGAAGUUCUUGAUUUAAGUGAAAAUCAAUUCAAUGAUACCAUCUUAGAAUUUGUUGGUGAAAUAUCAUCUUUGAGAUCUCUCUCUCUUGCAUUAAAUUGGAUGGAAGCAUCAAUUGAUUUGAAUAGUUUUGGAAGACUUUCGAGACUGAGCAAUCUUGAACUCCUCGAUCUUAGUUCCAACUAUUUAAAUAGCAGUACUAUUCUAACAUCUAUUGGUGGCAUUUCAAGCCUAAAGUUUCUGGAUCUUUCAGAUAAUAAUAUUGGAGGAUCAAUUGACAUCAACAGUUUUGGAAGACUUUCGAGACUGAGCAAUCUUGAACUCCUCGAUAUUAGUUACAACAGUUUAAAUAGCAGUACUAUUCUAACAUCUAUUGGUGGCAUUUCAAGCCUAAAGUUUCUGGAUCUUUCAUAUAAUGAUAUUGGAGGAUCAAUUGACAUCAACGGUUUGUGCCAAUUGAAGACUCUUCAAGAACUCAACAUUAGGGGAAAUGAACAUCUGGGCACCUUACCUUGGUGCUUAGCCAACUUGACAUCACUUCGUUUUCUGGAUAUCUCUUCCAAUUAUUUCAAUGGAAAUAUCGCUUUUUCUCCACUUGUCAAUCUAACAACCUUGAAAUACCUUGCACUUUCAAAUAAUCAAUUUGAUGUUCCAGUUUCAUUCAAGUCAUUUUUAAACCAUUCCAAACUUAAGGUCCUUGAAAGCCUUAACAACAAGUUGGUGGUGGAAAGGGAAUGUCAUUCCUCCACCCCAAGUUUCCAAUUAGCAAUUAUCCGUCUAUCUGAUACGGAAUCUAGCAACUGCUCCGUAGGUUUUCCCCAUUUCCUCUACCAUCAAAAUGAACUUCAAGUGAUUGAGCUCUCUCAAAUUGAUUUUAACGGGAAGUGGCCGAAUUGGUUGUUGGAGAAUAAUUCUAGAUUGGUAAGUCUUGUUAUGCCAGACAAUUCAUUACAUGGACCAAUUUUACAGUUGCCUUUGAAUCCCAUAACAGGGCUUUCCAUUUUGGACAUAUCCAACAAUCAUAUUGAAGGCUACAUCCCUUACAAACUUGCUAGUAUCUUUCCACGUUUAGUAUAUUUAAACAUGUCUACAAAUGGCCUCAAAGGUGAUAUUCCUUCCUCAUUGGGUGACCUAACCUCUUUAAAAUAUCUAGAUUUAUCAAACAAUCGAUUAUCUGGAAAAAUACCAGUGAAUUUGGCCAAGGCUUGUGAGUCCUUGAGAUUGUUGAGCCUAUCAAACAACUACUUGACAGGUCCUAUCCUACCCCCUCAAACAAACUCAAGCACAAUUAAUUUUUUACUUCUAGACAACAAUCACUUCACACAAAUUCCAGAUAGCUUGUUAAUAAACUCGUUGGUAGUGUUGAAUGUGGGUCACAAUCAAUUAGCAGGAAAGAUUAAUCCAGGAUGGAUUUGGAAUCAAUGGUGGUCUUUAUGGGUCCUUUCCUUGUCCAACAAUAAUUUUGAAGGACCUAUCCCAAUUGAAUUUUGUGAGCUUCAUAAUCUGAUUGUGUUGGACCUCUCAAAUAAUUACUUCACAGGAAUUGUGCCAUCUUGUUUUUCAAACUUGUCAGAUGUGGAAUUCGUUUGGUUGUCAAAUAAUAGGCUAAGUGGUCCUUUCCCAGAGGGCUUUCAUAACAGCUCUGGGCUGACGAUACUUGAUCUUUCUAAUAACCGCUUCAGCAAAGAUAUUCCGAAGUGGAUUGGGAACCUCUCCCAAAUGCAAAAGCUUCUCUUGAAUAAUAACAGUUUUGAGGGAAAUAUUCCAAAUCAAGUAUGUCACCUGUCCAUGUUAACCGUCAUUAAUCUUUCUUGGAACAACUUCAUUGGUGAUAUUCCACAUUGCUUGCAUACCAUCGAAGAUGAAAGUGGCAACGACGGAGAGAUUUUUACUUCUAUAGAUAAAAAAUUGACAUCAUCAUUAGAUGAUUUCAAAACCGUUGCAAAAACGGCCCAAUUCCGUUACAAAUUGGAGUAUGAUCACAUGGAGUUCACAACAAAAGGAAUAUCUCUGUAUUACAAGGGAGUUCCUCUAGACCUCUUCUCCGCAAUUGAUCUCUCCAACAACAAAUUGACUGGUUGUAUACCACCUGGAAUUGGCAAUCUUAGCCAUAUCAAAUCAUUGAACUUGUCCCACAACAACUUGACUGGACCAAUCCCUGCAACUUUCUCCAACUUGGAGAACAUAGAGAGCUUGGAUCUUUCCUACAACAGCUUGCAAGGGAAUAUCCCCUAUAAACUCACAGGUUUACACUAUCUGGCAAAAUUCAACGUGUCUUACAACAACUUAAGUGGAAGGAUACCUCAAGGACCAAACCAAUUUCAAACUUUUGAUGGGAGUAGCUACAUUGGAAAUUCACUCCUUUGUGGAGAAGAAGUUGCAAAUGGUUGCAAUUCGCCCCCGCCAAUAGCAUCACCCAACAAUGGCAGUGAAGUGGAAUUUGGCUUUAUUGACAUGGGCACUUUCUAUAUGAGCUUUGCAGGGUCUUACUUGACUGUGUUACUAGUUAUUGCAGGAAUUUUAUACAUAAAUCCUCAUUGGAGACGAGUAUGGUUCCACUUCAUUGAGGUUUUCAUUGCCUCUUGCUACUACUUCGUUAUGGGUAACCUUUGGAAGUUCAAAGCCAAGUUCCUACAUAAGCGAUCACCCAUCUAAAGAAGGUUUAAUGUACAUAACAAGUUUGUUCUACUUGAUAGGUACAUGAUAAUUUGAUUUUCUAAAUUUUGUUGUCAUGCACCUGUGAAUGAUUAACAUAUAUUUGAUGCCCAAUGUCGAAAUAUCUUAGCUUUGUUUUGAGCACUACAUUAAUAUUUCUCAUC